UUUUUAAUAAAUUCUCGUUUGCCAUAAUAUAUUGCCGAAAAAAAUUAAUUCCGUUAACUUUUUUGGCAAAGAAAAUUUUUUAUAAAAAAAAUCGAAUAAAAUUUAUUAGUGCUAAAAAAUUAAUUUGUGAAAAAAGAAAAAUAAUUUUAAUAUAAUAAUAAAGAGAAGUGAAAACGAAAGGAUAAAUAAAAAAAAAUAUUUGCAAAAUAUCGAUAUAAUGGAAACGGAAGUAGUGACCUCUACAACGAAUGAUGAGGAGUCCAAUAAUUUAAAAAAUAAUGCCAACAACAUUGUCCAAUCCAUAAAUAAGGAAUUUACCAACAUAGAAAAUUCAUCAGAACAACAUAAUAAUGAAUCAUCAUCAGAAACUUCUUCGAAUGAAACAAAAUUAGCUAAAAACAAAUCAGGAGCCUCACCCAAAUUGCUGGCCGAAGAAAAUCACAAUACAACAACGAAUUCUCCCCAUAAGAGUGUUGCUGGUCAAACACGCGGAGAUGACUCGUCAUCGACCCCAGGCGAUUGUCAAUAUUUUUUCGAGGAUGAAAUUUUUCGUAUUGAUAAAAAGGGUCGUGUUAAAUUUGGUCUAGUCCUUGAAACACCUGGCACAUAUUCUGGUGACGAAGAUGAUGAAUUUGAUGAAAUUUUAGAUAAGGGUGAAAUACGUGUUGUUUGGUAUCCUGAAUUUAAGGAAACCAUACAAUCGGAAAAUUCGAUUGGCUUAGCCGAUCGUACAUUAAUGCCUGGUGAUGUGGUCAGACGUUUAGUGCCGGGAAAAGAAACCCAAAGAGGAUAUUGUCGUGAUAUUAACAUGAAGGCCGAUGUAAAGGUGCUCGGAACUAAAUUUGUUAUUAAAAAUGUAAACGCUGAGCGUUUAAGAGUUAUUUCCAAUUGGCAACGUGAUGGUGCGGUUUGUUUGGACUCAUGGGUUGGUAGUACAAAGGAUGUAGAAGAAAAAGCCAUACUAAGAACGGCUUCUGGUUGUCGUAUAGAAAUCUCAUCAAACGAUUUUUACAACUUUCAAGAUUUAAACUCACAUCGUCAACGGGAUAUUUUUAAUCCUAAAGUAUUUUAUCCCGGCAAUACAAUUAUAGGUAGUUUGCCACCCAUGGAGAAUAUAAAAAUUCUAACGCCAGAUAUACCAUUACAUACAAAUAAAAAGGGUAAACCUUUAACCAGAAAGUUUACCAUCGAAAGUCUUUAUACCGAUAGCGUUUGGGUUAAUUGGCAAUGUAAAGCUCUUUCGGAUGACACUAAUUUAGAAGACAUUACCAUGCAACCCAAUCCCUGCGUAACAGGCGAGGAUCUCAAACGUCUAAAGCGCUUAAAUCUAUUCGAGUCUUGUAUGUUGCAGAUUGUUGAUCGUAAUUAUUUAACCUAUUCAUCCUGUGAUACCCUGGUUAAGAAAGCCGACUGGGACAAGGAGCAAGCUGCGAAGUUUAAGCAGAUCCUACAACAGCAAAAAGAGGAUAACCAAAAAAUAUUUGUGCGCACUUCUUUUACCGGUUCAACGGGAACGGCUGGGACACAUCAUCAUUAUGAAAAAUUCAAGAAAAAGCUGAGUUUAAGUUUAGACGACAAAACCAGCAAUAAACUUAAGAGAAGUCUUUUUAAAGGCGACAAAUUGGGUAAGAGAGAAACUUCACAAGAAAUGAACCCACAGGAAAAGCUAACUCCAAAAAGUAAUAAAGAUACCGAGGCCGAGUGGUUUUCCACAGAAGAUGAGGCCGAAAUCGAUGAAGAUAAAUGUGAUAUUAAUGCCAUGGAUAUUGAUAAUUUCGUUGAAAAUCUAAAACAAUAUACGGAAGAUUGUAUUAGUACUACAACAACAAUGUCAACGUGUUCAAGUCCCUCGCCACAUACGAGUCCCAAGCAUCUGACCAAACGUCAGCUAAAGAAAAAGACUCGUAAAAAUUUUAAAAAACCAUUUUUAUCCGAACCUUGUACGGACUUUAAUCCCAAGGAAGGCGAUGAACUUGUCACAGAAGCUUUGUUGGUUUAUAGUACUGCUACGGUAGUGUGGCAAGAUGGUACUAUAGAAUCGGAUAUACCCUCUACCCAAUUGUAUCCUAUACAUCAUUUGGAUAAUCAUGAAUUUUUUCCUGGAGAUUUUGUUAUAUCAGCCAAAGAAGAUCUCGAUUUUAGUCAUCGUGAUUAUGGGGUAAUACAAACCGUAGAUCAUCAGGGAAGAAUAGCACACGUUAAAUGGUUUACAACAUAUACAUCUGCCGAUGAACCAAAACCCACUUACAAAGGAGAAACGGAAUGUAGUGUUUAUGAUCUAAAAGAUCAGCCCGAUUUUCAAUAUCGUCCCGGUACCAUGGUUAUACGUGUUGCCAAUUUUGUUGGCGAAGAUGCCAACUGUACCGCUGGCCAAGUUAUUGAUAAUUACAUUGAUGGUCGUGUUAAAGUCUGGUGGGUUGAUGGUCACAUCAGUCUGUGUUGGCCACAGGAUCUCUUUGAGGUAGGACAAUUGGAUCAAGGCGAUUUGAGUCACGCUUCCGAAGAUUCAUGGGAAACAGAAUCGGAAAAUAGUGAAGUAGGUUGUGGUGGUGGAAGCAGUCUUAAGUUGUCUAUAGCUGAAUCACAUAUUUUAACGAAUAUCGAAAAAGCUCGUGUGGCACUCGCUCGGUUACAGGAGAUUUUCAAUAUAAGUCCAAAUUUACAAAAUCCAGAGGUUAUGCGUAAACUACUAUCGGUUUAUAAAAGUUGUCGGUUUUUAGAUCGUCUUUUAAAUACAAAUUUCUUCCAUGAAGAUAAUUUUAUGGGUCUUAUUGAACGUGUUCGCAAAGUUGGCUCUCAGUCGAUGCACGAACGCGUACAAGAUCAAAAAAACCGUUUAUUUAGCGAAACAUUACAGGUCUCAUCACCAAGUCCCAAUAAACAUCAACAACAGUAUCAACAUCAAUAUAGUGCUAUAGUUUUAAGUUUAGCAGGUGUUGGUAAAAAUACAACUGUCUCGGGAAAUACGGAAAGUGGAAAUAGUGCUAUCAGUGGUCCUACUAACAAUGUACAUAAAGUUGAACCAUCACUAUCGCAGCCACUAGAAAGUGCAUCGACAGCAUGUUCAACGACUUCAACAUCUAAAGAAUUUGCCCCUCGAAUACUUUUUACUAUUUCAUCAACACCUUUCAAGUGUCCCAACAGUCAUAAUCACAACACCAAUUCAAGUGCUCAAUUAAACACACCAUCAUCGUUAAAAAGACGCUGUUCUCCGGCAGCAACAGCACCAUCUGCCAAAGAAACUCUAACUAAGAAGACCGAAGAUGUGCCAACAACUGCAACCAACAUUACAGGUAAUGAAAAACAUUUUAAAUGCGACAACACAACUUCACAGUCAGCUGUUGAUAAUCUUCCUACUGCAGUCAAGAAUCCGUCACCUCAAAUGGAAAUCUCCCCAAAUAAAAAUAAACAAUACAAUACAGAAAAGAAUCAACUUUUAAACUCGGUUAUGAUGAAUAUCGAAAAGGCUUUUGAGAAAACAAGUCAUUUGACUGCUGCAUCUCAAGAUGAUUCUGGUAACUAUUCUCGUAAUGAAAAUUGUGAUGGUAGUUCCACUAGUUACACUAGUUCCUCGGAUUUAACCAAUGUCGAUACGAAUAAUUCUCUCACUAAGGCGAAUGAUAAUCAAAAAUCCAUUAAUCAAUCAAGUAGUAGUAUAGAAUUGGCUGAAGAAGUUCCGGAAUUGGUGUGUGUACGUUUGUGUUCAUUGCUCAAUGAACAAUUAGUCAAGUGUCUCAAUGAAAUAAGUGAAAAAUAUUAUAAAGAUGAUCAACAGAAUUUGAAUGAUGUAAUUGUUAAAGAUGAUGAGACUAUUGAAACUAUAAUUGAUAUUGAGGACAAUAAAGAAUCGUUGGAAGACCAUAAAACUAAAGAUGAUGGUGUUAAAAUAUCAGAUGUUGUAGCAGCAACUAAUGGGUUUGCUGAAAAUACUACUUUAGAACCUUCCACGGAUGCCUCGAUUUUAACACCUGCAACGGCUGUUCAAACUACAUUGGAAGCUGGUCUUAAUCAGGAAUGUUUUCAAGUUCUUUCUAAUGCUCCGAAAAAUCAUAAAUAUCAAUUAACUAUUUUCCAUCCAAAUAACACUCAACUCUAUUAUAAGGCUGUGCAACGUGAGCAUCGUAUGUUGAAAACUUCUCUACCUCCAGGUGUAUAUGUAAAAGUUUAUGAAGAUCGUAUGGACUUGUUAAGUGUAAUGAUUGAGGGUCCCAAACACACACCCUAUGAGGAUGGAAUGUUUUUCUUUGAUAUCCAACUGGGACGAGACUAUCCAAAAAAUCCUCCACUGUGUCAUUACAUUAGUUACUGUUCGGAUCGUCUUAAUCCCAAUCUAUAUGAAGAUGGUAAGGUCUGUGUGUCUUUGUUGGGCACUUGGAUGGGCAAAGAUAGUGAAGUCUGGGGUCCCAACAGCACGCUACUACAAGUGAUUGUUUCCAUACAGGGUCUUAUAUUAGUACCAGAACCAUAUUUUAAUGAAGCUGGCUAUGAAAAACAAAAAGGCACCCAACAAGGCAAAGAAAAUUCUCGCAUGUAUAAUGAAAUGGUCAUUAUUAAAAUGGUACAGGCUACUACGAAACUAAUACAAAAUGCUCCAGAAAUAUUUCGUGAUGAAAUUCUAAAUCAUUACAAACGAAAUGGUCUUAAAAUGUAUGAGCGUAUAAAGGGUUGGAUGGAAUUAUCAAAACAGAAAAAUUCGAAUACUAAUGAAGAAAAUGUUAAACAGAAUCAAGAUACUAUCGAAAAUGCAGAUCUUAAAUACUCUUUGCCGCAUUUUCCAUUGGUACCAGCAAGUCGUGGUUUUUGUUUAACUUUGGCUGGUCUCUUAGAAAGUUUCAAACAAAGAAUAACUUCCUUAAACGAAACCACAGAAACAACACCAGCAAUGGAAACUACAACCAAUGCAACAACCAUAUUUGAAUAGCCUUAUUUUAUUUAAUAAAAAAACACUUAGUCGAAUUCAAUUUCAAAAAUAGGCCUUUAGGAAAAAUAAUUAAAAAAAAAAACAAAAAUAAACGAAACCAAGUAAUAAAUGGUGCUAAUGCCUUGGCAGCCACUAAUAGCACUUAUUUAAAGUACAUAUUAUAAAAGAAAAUUUAAAUAAU